AUGGAGGCAGGAGUACACAGGAUCCGCAAAUCCCAAAGGGCCCCCAAAAGAUGUAUUCCAUGUGCCAACGCCAAAAUCAAAUGUGAUAAGAACAUUCCCUGUUCAAACUGUAAACGGAAGAAUAUCGCUCAAUUCUGUUACCGAGAACCAGUAGUUGUUCGCAAUGUGCUACAUAAUGUGAACAACUGUCCACCUCUUGGUUAUGAUGAAUUGGCGAAAGAAAACAAAGAACUAAAGUCCAGGAUCUCAGAACUGGAGUCAAAACAAAAAUCGUCACGACCAUAUGAACCAACGGAAUACAAUCAUUCUAAUUUACCUUCGAUUCGUUUUAUCACCCGAAACAUUCAUUCUGAUAAAGCAAACACCAGAUUUGGAAGUUUACUGCAACAAGAGCAGGACAAUAUUAGCUAUUACUGUAACCAGAAACAAUGCAUUGAUCUCUUGGAGUCUGAUUUUUUUACCUAUUAUAAUGUUUUACAAAUUGUUGAGUUCAAUCUUUCCAACAUAUCUUUUAUUCAUUGUGCAGUUAUUCCUUUCGUUUUUAUGGAACAAUUGCAGACUCAACCGUUCGAUAUUCAAGACUUCGAGGUAUAUGCCGGAGACUCGCUGAAGAAUUUAUGGGCUUCGAAGUUGUUUGGGCUACUGGCUUCAGGCUUGCAUCUAGCAAAUGAAGCAUUACUGGCCGUUUUGGGAAUAUGUCCUAAGAAAGCCAACGAUUAUGCCAGAGUAUUCUUUAUUCUUGCCUUGGAGGCUCUUCAUAGAGGAAAUUUCUUGGAGCAACCGAAUAUCGCGGCAAUAGAAGCAUAUUGUGCCUUCAAUAUGUGUUUCCAUGAUUUCGUUGGAUCUCAUCUGCAAAACGUGAUGGUUAAUAUUACUAUUUGCACAGCUAGGGCGUUGGGAUUGGACCAACUGGACGCAAAUGCCAAUGGCAACGACGAAACUUUAGAAUUGGAGCAUAAGAAAAGAUUGUGGUUGAUUUUGCUGAUCACUGACUGGCUGGAUUGUUAUGGCCGUGUAUCGAUUAUAAACCCGGGUUCCUUCAAAACUCCCUUACCACUAAACAUGGAUGAAGAAACACUUUGUGUUUAUGAAGAUUCUACUUUUGUCUCUAUAACUUACCAAAGACUAAUGUUUCAAAUUGCCCAAAACAAACGUAGCUCGUAUUAUAAUGAUAUGGUUCAAACAGUGUCUAUUUCGUUAGAUACGCUCGUGGAAGCAGAAAAGGCUCUACAAGAACUACACGAAACUUUAGACAAGAUUGUGAACACCAACAAACACUCGCGGUCAGCACGAAAUCAAGAGCUAAAUCCCAACUUCUCAUCGCAAAAGAUUCUUCUCCACACCGCUAUCAACAUGGAAUUAUUAGACAUCAAUAGAAUGACACUUUUAUUUAUCCCCAGAGAAGAAUGGAUAAAAAACAGGAGAGAUCACUGCAUUCGACUCGCAAGAAACCUUAUUUCGUUUAUAUGCGGAAUGUCCUUCCUCAUAUAUUUUUGGAUUUUUUCAGAAGCUUUGGUGGUGUGCUCAACCUUCCUUUUACUGGAUAUUACUUUGGUACCGGAGGAAGAUGAUCAACGUUUGCAAUCAGUUCUAAAUGCUAGGGAUACGCUUACCUCUUUAUGUGAAACUCAUCUUGGAGCUCGAAGAGGUCUUGCUGUUGUAGAUCAUCUUUUGAGCUUGGUGAAAAGGCCAAUUUCACCACGCUAUGAUUCUUCUCCGGAUGAUGUUCCUAACAUUGAACAUUACUUCAACGGUAAUGAGUUGAAGGAUUUAUUCAAUGUUAUUCCAGAAGGACUAUUCAAAGGCGAUUCGGGUUGA